AUGGGUACGAAGGAAUAGUCCUGUGUUCUCUAUUGUUCGUUUUUUUUUUAAAAUAAAUAAAUAAAUAAUUAUUAUUUAUUACAAAAUGUCCUCGAAACGACUACUGCUACUGCUCAUCGGCUGGCUAUGUGUUUACACUAUAUAUUGCAUCCGAAUAAUACCUGAAAAAGCGGAAAUUAAUUACUUUAAUCCUAAAUUCAUGUCGGACGUAGAUAUGAACGUGACGUCGUUAGCUAAAGGAGUAUAUGCCAUUAAUAUUCACGGGGACACUAAACAAACAUGGGCCAACAACGUUACGCUCGACGUCGUCGUGUAUGAACUCCAGGGUAAGGAGUACAAGCCGACAUUCAUCGAGUUUCAUUUCCGCCUUUGCGAUUUAAUAAACGACGAUCCACAUAUUGGGAAGCUUCUAUCCAGUGCAGGUUUCACCUGUCCCCUGUUACCGGGAAAGUAUUCCUUCAAAAAUAUAGCCAUUCCAAACGACGAUAUCCCAUACCCGCUCCCUUUCCAACGAGCAAAAGGAGUUGGAACAGUGGUACAUAAUCCUACAGGAGUUGUUAUGGCCAACGGUAGCAUGUAUUUGCACUUCAAAUAGUACACUUUCAUAAAUUGAGAAAAAGUUAUUGAAUAUUAAUAAAAUCGUGUUAAUUAUUAAGCAGUUUCAAUUCAACUACAGAGCAUAUUAUUAAAAAAAAAAAUAAAAAAAUAAAGAUUUCGACGGUUAAAAGCCUAUCUCCUAACACAGUGUAAAGAAUUUCAAUAUUUAUUUUAACAAGUUCAGCUACAAGGUAUAUGAAUAAAUCUUAAUUUAUUUUUUAUGCAACUCAGAAUGGCAAAAAAGCUGACGGUCCACCUGAUGGAAAGUGGUAACGUCGCCUAUAGACAUGAGCAGUACCAUGAACAUACUCGUAAUAGAGUAUACUGUUUCGUCCAUGAUACCCCCUAUGUGUUGCCAUUCCUGAGAA